GCUGAUAAACACAUCUUCGAUGACUAUUGGUAUUCUCUGUCUUCUGCAGUAUUACUAAAACAUAAUAAAGUCUCCUGAUGGUGUGUCCCGACUGCUCAAUAAUGCAUUUGUAAUGGGAAUUAGAGGCAGAAUACACCAUUUCCUUCCAUUUAGAGCUACUCCGCUUUGCCUUUGGCUUCAUCAUCACUUCACAGAAGGAAAUAACUCAAACUAAUAAAACGCAGCUGACGUGAUGUUCGGAUAGGAGUGGAUCUGAAGUAUUUUUGCCAACGUCAUUGGAACAUUAGAGGAGCUUGCAGUACAGUGGGCGGCAGGCCAAAUGGACCCUUUCGCAAUGCAAAGGAUAAUUUUUCCUGGAUGCUUGCUGCUUUGACGAAGAAAACAACUGCUUCCACACCCAGGACAAGAGGACGAUGUUGCACCCAGAAAGCAGAUAGAAGCUGUGUUUUCUUAGACAUUAAGUCAUUCUGAACUUGUGACAAGCUACAUGUUUUGUUCUUAAGAUAAUCAGGUUUGUCAGACCUGGUGCCUUUUUUAAGUGAUGCAAUGGAGCAGAAGGCAGUUGAAACCACUCAGAAAGCUGAUGUGAAAGACAAAGGGAUAGUAAACAUACAUGAGGACAACUCUGCAUGGACAAGAGGAGAAAGAUUACAAAGUCAGGAUCAGGCCAGCACAUUGACGGUGACUGUCUCUGCAGAAAAUAAACCAGGGGUUACCAGUGGAGACCUUAAACAGCAAAGGGAGAGUCUUUUCCCUCUGAAACCAACGAAAUCUUCAUUUCCUUCAUCUGGCACCACAAUUGAUCUGUCUUCCUCUCCAAAGAGCAACAUGGGAGUUGACUGUGCUGACAUUGUCCUGAACUGUCUCUUCUGCCGGUUCCACGACAUGAUCCCCAUCCUUCCUGACUACUGCCAGAGACUCACCAAUCACUGCUGGCCAAACUACAAACAUGUCGACCGCACCGUAGAGUCUUCAGACAGCAAUGAUGAUGAUGACUCUUGUGUGGAGCUGGAUUGUGGUUGGUUUGGGACCUGCCAUGAUGCAAGUGACUGUCUGGAACUGGCUAUGGAGGUUUCUGAAAUAUGCUAUCGUUAAGGGGAAACCCAAGAAGAGGGUGUCUCAGGGCUAAACAAUUGGAAUUACACUACUAGCCAAAAGUUUUACAACCCCUUUCUCAUUUACUGGUUUUCUUUAUGUUUAUGACUAUUAACAUUGUACGUAGAUUCUCACUGAAGGCAUCAAAACUGUGAAUGGACACAUAU